GCUCUCCGGAGUCCACGCCGGCGAGAGAAAGCUCAUGGCUUUGCCCUCAAAUCCUUCUCUUUUUAAGCUCUCUCUCCCUCUCUCUCGCCCCUCCAAUGGCGAUGUUGGCUGGCUCCCUUUCUUCAAUCGCUCGCUUUGGAAGGGUUAAAGAAGCUAUUGAGACAAUUACUAAAAGAAGGCUUUUUCACAUGGCAGCAUUUCAGUCUAUUUACAAACACAGACUUUGUAUUAGAAGAAAAUAUAUAGGUUUAUCAUCUCAAUGCGUUGCAAUGCAAGCCAUGACCAUUGCAUUGAGCCGUCAAAAUAAAGCUUCUGAUGACUAUUUAAGGAAUAAGAGGAUAGUUCCUGUUGCAGAUCCUCCAAGCAGUAAAGAUAUGAACCUUUUGUUCCAAUUUUUUGAUCAGAGUCACAAGCUCAUGGUGCUUACAGGAGCAGGCAUAAGCACAGAAUCAGGAAUUCCUGAUUAUAGAAGCCCAAAUGGAGCUUAUAGUUCAGGUUUCAAGCCUAUUACUCAUCAGGUGUUUGUACGUUCUAGUAAGGCACGCAGGCGGUACUGGGCCAGAAGCUAUGCUGGGUGGCGAAGAUUCUCCGCGGCACAACCAAGUGCCGCUCAUUAUGCUCUAGCUUCUUUAGAAAAAGUUGGCCAGAUUAGUUUCAUGGUUACCCAGAAUGUGGAUCGGUUGCAUCAUCGUGCUGGUAGUGAUCCUCUUGAAUUACAUGGAUCUGUCUAUUCUGUGGUUUGUUUGGAUUGUGGAGCUUCAAUUUGCCGCGACUUAUUUCAAGAACAGGUGAAGGCCUUCAAUCCGAAGUGGGCUGUGGCAAUUGAAAAUUUGGAGAGUGGAAAUCCUGGCUCAGACAAGAGUUUCGGCAUGCAGCAACGGCCCGAUGGUGACAUUGAAAUUGAUGAAAAGUUUUGGGAGGAAAAUUUUAUUAUUCCUGAUUGUGAGCAGUGUGGAGGAACGCUGAAACCUGAUGUAGUCUUCUUUGGCGAUAAUGUUCCUAAAGAGAGAGCUGUUAAGGCAAUGGAAGCUGCCAAAAACUGUGAUGCAUUUCUUGUGCUAGGCUCAUCUCUGAUGACCAUGUCUGCUUUUCGACUUGUCCGAGCUGCGUAUGAAGCGAAUGCUGCGGUUGCAAUUGUAAACAUCGGUGAAACAAGAGCCGAUGAUUUUGUAUCUCUGAAAAUAAAUGCUCGAUGCGGGGAGAUACUACCAAGAUUGCUGGAGAUGGGAUCCAUUGCUGUACCAAAUCUCCACUGAACAGACAAGAAUAACAAAUUACAGAUGUUUAUCAGAAAUUAUUUUGUGUUUUUCACAAUGUAAAAGAUUGUAUUUUUUAACAAGUGUUCUCCAACCGUGGUUGGGUUAGUUCAGCACUAUAUGUAGAACAGGAUGACUAUUCAUAUUUUAAGAUUAAAAUCAACAGAUAAUUUAUAU